GAUCCCGGGUUCAUGAACCGGGAAUCUGUUUUGCCUGGCUCUGGCAGUACCUCGUUUGGAAAGCAAGGUAGAGGCAAAGGAAAAGGAAAGCACGCGUGGUCAUGUCAGCCAACCCGGGGAACUCGAUUAAGGCUUUGAGGCCCAGUCCACCGGAACGUGGGUCAUUCCCGUUGGAUCAUUUCGGCGACUGCAAGGAUGCGAUGACCAAGUACAUGAAGUGUCUGAAGUUGGUGAACAACGAGAACGCGCCCAACUGCAGACUGUUGGCAAAGGACUACUUGAAGUGUCGGAUGGACAACGAGCUCAUGGAUAAAGUCGACUGGAGGGACUUGGGAUUGCCGACAGAUGAGGAGGAGAAGAACAAGGGGAGAUGAAAGGAGCUCCAUUUGCCUGUCCGUGCGCAUGGAUGAUGACUGUAUAUAGAAAAAAUUAGGCUGUAAAAAGAGCUACA